CAACGUGGAGAGUUUUCCGGUUUACUCGUAUGCGCUCAUCCAUUUGCGUUAGACUAUAUUGGUCUCGGUCAUAACUCAUUAGAUCAAGAGAAUGAAGGUUAGGUUUGUAACAAACGAGCCUCACGGAAUAUUGAACAGAUUAAGAGUGAUGAAUAGUGGUACCAAGUUGGACUCAAGCGCGCCCCUGAUGGGUUUCCCGACAACUUGUUACUCAUGUUUGUUUGUGAGAGAGGACGGCUCCAUCCAGGAAUAACUGGCUACUGCUCAGUGGUAAACCGAGCAACUUCUGGAGCAAGAGAGGAGUCAAGGAUGUGAAGUUCCAGGGCAAAAGAAUGUCCGAGAGCGCGUGCGUGAAAGAGUAAUAUACUCACAGUGAGUAUCAGGAUAUGCUCAUAGGAGAUGAGUGGUGCAUGCCAGUUCAAAACACGAGAAGAAAGCUGGCCCACACAGGAAUCAUCUAUGAAGGAUGAAUGAAGACCGCACGGGCGCCAAUUGUUCCGCCUUAGGCUCGACCUUCCCAUCCAAACCUUCGUCUUCCACCAUUGAUGCCUCGAUCACAACACCAUGAAGUUCCAAGUCAGCUCGUCCAUCACUCAUUCCGUCUCGGACACGACCAAUUUGAACUAUGUCCACGAGGCCGACCCUCUGGGCUCCGACCCCAAGACAUCCGGCCAAGAGCAUCACCACAUGGCAUGCCACGACUACACGAACAAAGUGAGCUACUCCAGCCUCUCAUCCCACACUCAGUACCCCAUCAUACAUCCGUCAAACUCAUCCAGAUCACGCACCAUAACCACCACCACCACUACUACCCAACUAUCCAUAGGGCCACACCAUAACACGCCAAUCGGGUCGUGGGAGUAGCCCGCCCCACCGAUCGUCAAUGAACAGCCGUGGUAAACGUACUUUCCUCCCUGGCUGCGGCUACUCUAAAAGGGGUGUCCGCGGUCCCCGACGGAUUCGUGAACUACGGAAUGAAGACAAAGAUUACCUCGCCCAUGGGACCGGCAUUCCCAGGAAGAAUUCCCCACCCAAGACCCAUAUUCGAGAUGACGACAAAAUCUUUCCCUGCGAACACCCGGGCUGUGGCAAGAUGUACGCCAAAUCGAGUCAUCUGAAGGCUCAUACUCGACGCCAUACGGGCGAGAAGCCAUUUGCUUGCACUUGGCCAGAAUGCGGUUGGAGAUUCUCCAGAUCCGACGAAUUAGCCAGACACAAACGUUCGCACAGCGGAGUGAAGCCCUACAGAUGCACGAUAUGUGAGAAACGAUUUUCGAGGUCGGAUCACUUAGCCAAGCAUCUCAAGGUUCAUCGUCGAGCACGAUUGUACACGUACCUGGCGAAUAUGGGCUAUGGUACGCCCAGUAGGCGGGGCAGGUUGUCCCAGAACAUUCUAAAUAACGAGGCUGUCAAGAAAUUCAUUCAAAAGGAGAACAUUUCUGUAUAAUAAUCCUUUCCUCGUGGUUGGCUAAAGUAUGAAGAGCCUUCGACCAAGUUAAUUGUGAACUUAAUCAGCUAAAGAUAAUUUAGGCAAGUCACACUUGAAGUUAAGCCUAUUGACGUAAAAUAUUCCCAUUAGAAAUAGGAACAACAAGCAAAUUAUAUUAUCCGCUAGCACCAAAACACAAAAAAACUCAUUUUGAUUUAACGUUUUCAAAUGCUGUUAACUGGCCAGGCCUUGAUUCAGCCUUUAGUCAACCAUCCAUUUCCUCCAUUCUCCAUAUCGCUCAAAUCCAGGUUGAUCCUGCCGCAAUUCAUUCAUUCGUUCGUUCAUUCAAUAUCAACAACCUUCCUAUUGUUGUUAGCAUUUAUAACUGUCACCCCCAAAAAUAUUGUACAUUAUAUAUUUGUCCCUCGUUACGCUCUAACGAAAAAAAACAACUUGUCUAACUCAAGUCAUCGAUUACUAUGGACGCAGAUUAGUGGCAGCAGUGAUCUGGCGCUCAGAGAUUUUUGAACUCGUAUAUCAAGGUAAAUCUGUGAUGAUCUCGAAAUUAAAACCUCUCGGAAAGAGUCCAUUGUUCUCACCAACACGCUCUUUCACCUUCCCUCACUUCCAAUUCAUAAGCUAGCAAGCACUUUGCCCCUCAUCUUCUCCUUGUUCCCAUUUCCAGUUUCUAUUCCUGAUUUGCUUUUUCUGUCCUCUCUGUAUAUUUGAUAUUUUCCAUGUCCUAUACCAAAGAUUCGUCAUUUGGGCUGACCGAGUGCAUCUAGUUCCUUUGUAGUUUGAAACAAUCAUAUUGUAUACCACAUCUAUCUUGCAACACAGAGAAGAUGUUCCUAGCUGACCAAAGAUCUGAAACAUACCCUAGAACAUAAAAUCUGUGCAAUUCGCUCUCUCUUUUAUACCCAUUUCUUGUCCCUUGCGUCCGAGUGUCCUCUUCAUAGCUCUCCUCUCUCGUCCCCGUUUUUCCUCCAGUUUCAUAUUUUCAUUUUCAUGUAGAUUAUUCCGAAACAGAAUCGCUCAAAUGAACGUUGAUAGUGACUGUUACCAAAACCAAAAACAAAAUCCAGUUCUGACUCGCCUUCGAGGCAAGUCUUGUGCCAUGCUUUGACGUGGUACGGAGUUCACUUGAACUGUAGUACUUGGGAGUGCACUAUGCAAUGCAUAGCAUCAAAUUGCCUGGCUUUUUCUCUCUCAAUUCAAGCGAUGACCGAUGAUCCAUACAGCAACAUUCCUUCCAAUUCAUUCACGUGUAUUGCGUAUGCAAUAAGAAUCCUAUCAGCUACCCGAGCCUUGAUUAUGUGAAUAAUUCUCGAUCAGUGACCCCCACUAUUUAACGAUGACAAUAAAUUGUAUUUCCUACUCCAA